CUUACAAACCUUUGGGUUUGUGGGCUGGGACGUGGGUAUUCCUGCUCUCAGCCCUCACAAGGCGCUUAACGCCGGGUCAAGGUGUUACCCCAACCCCAUCACAGCCUCAGCUCAGCCCCAGCCCAUCGGCGGCCGCACGGGGGCGGUGGCGCGGGGCGGAGCGGGACGGGGCGGUGCUGUCCGGCCCCGGGGCGGCCGCGGAGCGCUCGGCAGCAGGAAGGGCUGCAGCCCCGCUAUGCUCGAUCAGUCGUAUUGUCACCGGCUGCAACACGACAUGUAUUUUCUUAUAAGCAAUAGCCGAUUGAAUGAGCAAGUGGUUGAUAAAAUUAUUCUUCAGCUUAACAGAGUCUACCCCCAAAUUCUCACCAAUACAGAAGCGGAAAAGUUCAGGAAUCCAAAGGCAUCGCUCCAUACCAGGCUCUCAGAUCUGAUAAAGCACCUUCAAAAGAAUGGAGAGAGACACUGUCAGGAAUUUUACAGGGCCCUACAGAUCAAUGCUGAACAGCUUUAUAAUGACCUGCCAAGCAGGAAAAUCUUGACAGCUCCCAUGUGUGCAGCCAAGUGGUUGCAGUGCUGCUGCUCUGUUCUCGCUGUGGGAUGGAAGAUGUGCAGAAAUGGGCCUGCUCCAGUGAAGCACGGAUGCUACUUGGAUACUUUACUCCACAGCAGCUUCCUUAGUGUCCUCUCCCUCAUCCUGGAAUGCCUAAAAACCACAGAUUCCGCAGACAUAGACACUGACAAGGAGAAAUGUAUGCUAAAUGACAGGGGCCCGGUGUUUUUCCUCGCCUGUUUCAGUGCGGCAGCAGGAUUUGCCUUAUUUUGGUACUGCUGUAACUCAGAUGCAAAAGUCAUAGGAAGAUCCAGGAGAAUCUUGGGUUUUUCUCCUAUUAUCAUAGGAAGACAUGUUAGAAAUAUUUGUAUGUUGUAUUUGGAAGACAUCUCCAGAAAUUAAGGAAAAGCUGCCUCUUCACUUAGACAUCUGUACAGUGUAUCUGCCAAGGGAAGACAACGGUGCAUGAAUAUUAAUGUACUAUACUCUCAUACCAAAGAUUUUAUUAACUAGCUUCAUCAAUAAUUGUGUUGCCUCAAGACGUAUUCAGAUUUUCAGCUAUAUAUGUCCUUCCUUAUGGGAAUGGACCAUUUAUUUUUGUAAAUGCUUAUUUUAAAAUAUUUAUCAUUUGGAUAAAAGUAUUUUUAAUACAAACUCUGAAACGAUAUCCUAUCCGAUCAUGGGUUUGAAUAUGUGUAUUUUAUACUGGAAUGAAGAAACACAACAGUUUAAAGAAUGCUAGCCUGUCUUUUAUGAUAAUUAAUUUAAGAAAAGCACUUAAAAAUAACCAAAACCACACCAAACCACAUGCACUCAAAGCCUUAAUAAGAAAUUGAUCUCUAUCUCAGGACUGUCUGUUUUGUCUGGAUCCUUUAUAUUUACUACCUGAGCUCAGGUGGGCAAUGGCUCCUGCAAAGCUUUUCAGUACCAGUUACAUCUGUAUGCCUUGUCAUACACGUGUCCUUGCCUUGUGUUGUAGUCCUCCUGUUUGUGCAUCCUUCCACCUGCCUUGUUCAGCUUGUGUUCAUCAUGAUUUGAAUGUGCUGGAGCUUGUGCAGGCCAGCACCCAGCCUGUGAAUGUUCUGGGGACUGCAAGGUCAGAUCUGAAGCACUCGAAGGAGACUUUUCAGAUUUAGCUUUAUCUUUUCCAAGUGGGGUGUUUUGGGGACUGUACGUCCAAGAAACUGAAGUAAUCCGCAGCAUUUUGCAAGGAUAUCAAAUUGUGACUUUAUUUUUUAAUGGUCAAAAAUCCUAUUUGAAGAGCUUGAGGUUGCUCAUAAUGCCAUUUAGUUUUAUGUUUUUCAUCUGUAACUUGGAACCCGAAAAACUUGCAAAUACCAUCUUCAGUAUACAGAAUAAGAUCAGAGUUCUCGAGGGACAUUCAGGGAGACAGAUAAGUGUGCAGUGUUUAUGAUUCUAACCAUGGUCCUGCCUAGCUCAAUACAAAUGGUGGUGGGAAGUGGCACUGUCAGGUGGGUAGUUCUUCAGUUGCUUGCUCAAGAGUGUAAGGAAGACGGAGGUGAGAGCAUUUCCUGUAGCACUGCCAAACAGCUUUGCUGCCUGAGUUGCACCAUGAGCUGCUGCUGUGCCACCUUCCAUCUUGGGAUGGGCUUUAAUCAUGUCCUGUUCUACUUGCUGCGCCUUGCUUUAUGUUUAAAAUGUUUUUUCCUCCAACAAACCAUCUGUAAUUUAUAGAGUUUGGAAUUAACUGUUACCCUCCCCUCUGCUGCUUUAAUCCCAUAAGCGGCACCUUUUAAAGGGGCUAGAAAAAAUAGCUCUGAAAUCCAAAGGGGUUUUAAGUCUUUGCCUUGAACCCAGCUCUGGAACAUCAUUACAGGAACAGUACUCCAUUUUACAUGAAAACAUUAUCUGCGAUAUUCUCAACAGUCACAUUUCAUUUCAAAGCAAAAGCAGAGGUCACUAUGCUGUAGGCAGGUUCCUUCUGCUGGGGUUAUCCAGCACUUCACCCUUAAAUAACAGUUUGCAAAUUGUUGUGAACUGUUGCUGAAGCCUGCAGAAGCUGUCAGUGCCUUGUCUGCACUGCAGCAGGAGCAGUGGCUGUGCAGUUGCAUGUGGCGUUCCCCCUCACUUACGCCAAGAGGCUUCCUUGUGCCUUGAAAACCACAGAGAACUGGAGAGUUUAUUGAAAGCUGUGGCUGUAUUUCUUCUUCUGAGGUUGUUUGAGAUGAGGAUCUCUCUUAGGAAAAAUGCCAGGACAAGCUGUCCCCAGGGCUAGGGCUGGGAGGAAGAACAAGUUUGGAUUCAUCCCAAUACUAGUAACGACCUGGCAGCAAAGAACAGAAAAUUAUCAGUUCCUCUGUCAGUGCUAGUUUUUAGUUUAAGAAGUGAGGCAAGUUAGAACUGUUAUGUGCAUAGGUUUGUGUAAUGUGUAGUCUCUGGAGAAAGCAAUGACUUGGUUCCUUUCCCUCCUUUUCCCUGCACUGCCAUAAUCCUUACAAAAGGUUUCGAGAAGUCAAGCAGAGCUUCAGCAGGUGUUUUGUAGUUCUUUGUGGUAGAGCAGAGUGCUGCAGGUGAGCAUGUUGGGAGACUUCGUUCCUGAAGGAAGUACAUAUGUACCUGCUUGGGAGUCAGGUCCUUCUGGGCAAGCACAGCUCUUCAAAGUAAAUUACGUAUGGCCUGGGUGAGCCUGUAUUGCUGCAGACUCCCAGCUCAAGCUGUCAAGUCAAGCUGUGUUUGCUGCUGUAGCUGUGCUGGUAUCUGGGAGUGUGCUAGCUGUGUGUGGGGGAAGUUGUCCCAUAUGUGCAAAAUACAGUAGGAGUGUGCAGAGGAUGGAGGCUGUUCUUGCAAAUGUUGUGGUAAAUAUACGAUAGGAUAGGAGCUAAUAGAAAGCAGUCCUGUUUUCAGCUUAACCUCUCACAUUGUGCAGCUCUGGUUGGAGAAGAAAAAUAUUUGCUUUCCUCCUACAGCAUUAGGAGCUGCGUGGGCUGAGGAGCCCAGCAGUUCUAACAUCCACAAACAUGACUCUGGGGAAGGAGGUGGGCAGGAAGAAUGACAUCUCCAGCAGCUCCAGGUGGAACAGCCCCUCACUGCUGUCCCACUACCUACCCAAUAGUCUUCCUUCCUUGCUUUUUUCUCAUGAAUGGGCAUUUUGAUUUAAAGCAAAGCUGAACUGCCCGUGGUUGUCUCAGCCAUAGUGUCCGUGCUGCUGAGGUCACAGCAGGAUUGCUGGGCAGCCCCAAGCAGUGAGUAGGCAGGCCAAGCAGCUCAGGCAGGCUGGGCUGUCUGCAUCCCCAGAGCUGGGACACGAGGUGACAGCUCACACCGUCACUGUGCACAGCUCUGCGUGCAAGCAGCCUGCUAUUUAAAGUGCUUUGGUGCCGGCUGGCGUGCCUGCCAGGGAGGGCUCUAAUGAAGUGAUGAUUCACUGCAGGGCAUGCAGGGCUGCUCGAUAGCUGCUGCUGCAGCAUUGGAAGCUGCCUAGGCAGAGUUGCCUUACUAAAGCUCUUUCAUUUGUAUUAUUUUUUUCUUAAUACUGUAAUAAUUUGAAAACAUUAAAGCAUUUGGUUAAAAGCUGCAGUUAGAGAUGCCUCUUACUGCUGUUCUUCAUACACAAAAGUUACGCUGGAAACAUGUCUUGCCCUAGCUGCGUGAUCAAGUCUUGCUGUUAUGCAAAGAAACAACAACGGUUUGCUGCACUGCACAGGGCCUGUGUUUUGAAAUCAUUUAUCCUCACAUACGGUUUCUUAAAUUCUGUAAAAAUUAAUGGCAUUUGUGUUGUUGUUGUUGUUUUUAACGUGGUGAAGCUGGCCAUGUAAACUGUAAUAAAGUCUGUACUGAGCAAAGU